AUGGCCGAUGAGGAACGCUUAAAAGAGUUUAAAGAGGCAAACAAGAUAGUGUUUGAUCCAAAUACCAGACAAGUGUGGGAAAACCAGAAUCGAGACGGUACAAAACCAGCAACUACUUUCCAAAGUGAAGAGGACAUAAAAAGAGCUGCCCCAGAAUCUGAAAAAGACACCUCUGCAACAUCAGGUAUUGUUCCAACACUGCAAAACAUUGUGGCCACUGUGACGUUGGGUUGUAGGCUGGAUUUGAAAACAGUUGCACUACAUGCCCGUAAUGCAGAAUAUAACCCCAAGCGUUUUGCUGCUGUCAUCAUGCGUAUAAGAGAGCCAAAGACUACAGCUUUAAUUUUUGCAUCUGGGAAAAUGGUUGUCACUGGUGCAAAAAGUGAAGAUGACUCAAAGCUAGCCAGUAGAAAAUAUGCAAGAAUUAUUCAAAAAAUCGGGUUUGCUGCCAAAUUCACAGAUUUCAAAAUACAAAAUAUUGUCGGUUCGUGUGACGUCAAAUUUCCUAUACGUCUAGAAGGGUUAGCAUUCAGCCAUGGUACUUUCUCCUCCUAUGAACCGGAACUGUUUCCUGGUUUGAUUUAUAGAAUGGUGAAACCAAAGAUUGUGUUGUUAAUUUUUGUUUCAGGGAAAAUUGUUCUUACUGGUGCGAAGCAAAGGGAAGAAAUCUACCAAGCUUUUGAAGCCAUAUACCCUGUGCUAAGUGAAUUUAGAAAAAUGUAA